GCCCUAUGUGUAAACGUACUUAUUAAGUUCAUUUUGGGUAUUUUUCCUAAAUAAUAUGCUUCAAAGAAGCUUAUGUACCAAAUUUGACAACUUUAGGCCCAUUUUUACUAUUUAUGACCAACUUUUGUAUGACACACUCCCUCCGUGCGUCAGCUUAGCUACACUUACAGUCGGUUUCACCAAAUUUGUUCAUUGCAAAUUAACUCGGAUUUAAUUUUAAUUUUAAUUUUUAUUUAAGUUUGCACUUAAGUUUCCUGCGUUUCACCAUUAUUCAGAUUUGGCAACCCAAAAAUCUAAAAGCAGGGAUGUUAGUAGAAAUAACAGCUGAUUUAUGUAAACAAAUAAAUUGUGGUGUUAUAUUAGAAAAGUUCAAAAUGGAAAGUGCAGCUCGAACCAAAUAUUUUUCAACAGACGAUAUCAGUACUUUGCUAAGCCUAGUGCGGAAAAAUGCAAAUAUUUUGGAGUGUAAAGCUACGGGGAGAGUGCGUGUCGAUCAAAAAGAAAAGGCAUGGGAAAAUGUAGCGGAGAGUUUCAACUCGAUGUGCUCCGGAGCACCACGGUCAGCAAAAAAUCUGCGAACAAAGUAUUUGAACUUGAAAGCAGACAUGAAAAAACGAUCUGCAGACCAGAAAAAGUAUGCAUAUGGGACGGGCGGAGGUCCAUCCAGAGAGCCAGCUGCUUCCAGUAUUGACAUAUUACUGAGUGAGAUAUUGCCGGAGAAACAAGUGCAGGGAAUGGAGUCCAAAUACGACAACGACUUCCUACCAUUCGAUAAACAUUCUGCAGAUUUGGAUCAUUCAGUUGGAACUGAUCCUCAGCAGCGAAAUGUUCAAAGCGAGCAAGUGGUGCAAAGCCAAACGAUGAAAGAAGAAGAUUGUGUAAUCGAUGAUAUGGGCAUGCGUGAACAAUCAACAAGCAAAAGGCUUCGUGCUUCAACCCCAAAUCAUACAACUGAAAAAGAUGAUUAUGAGCCUUGGGAGCACUACACACCAAUGCAGUUGAAAACGCCUAAAAACAAGAAGCUUUGCACUGAAAGUGUAAACAGAAAACACACAAGUUGGGCAAAGCUAGCAGAAAUAAAGUCCAAAUGGACGGAAAUAAAACUGAAAGAAGAAGUGGAAUUUGCGAAAAUCGAGCACACUUUACGUAUUACGCAAAUGAAAGAAGUACACGAACUACAAAAACAAUUUGCAUCCGAGAAGCAUGCCCUUGAAAUGCGAAUACUUUCGGAUAAACUCAAAACAAUUGAAAAUACUUAAUUUUAACCCCUAUGUUAAAAAAAAAUUGAAUUGUAGCGCUUUGAACGGUCUUAACUACUUUUACAGUUUGUUUAAUAUCAAUUAAUUAUUUAGAAAAGUAUUGCUCAUUUCAUGCAUUAAUUUAAUACAUUUAUUUCGUUUCAUACACUGUUUUAUGCCAAAAUUAGAAAAAUUCCACAAACUUUCCAUCACAGUUCCAAGGUUUUUAAUUCGAGUUUCGAGAACCCUUUUUGGUAUGCAGUUUUAUGGCUUAUCAAAUUUUAAUGCAAUAAGCUGCAUUUUUGAAGUUUCUAGAAAAUCCCGUUUAUUUUUUAUAUUUUUUUUUUGUUGACGGUAUCAAGCAUUUUCUUUCAUACAAAGUA